UGCGAAUGCAGUGGUGUAGCGUGGUGGGGAAGUGAGGAUGGCCCGCGGUGGAAAGAAGAGGGAGUACAAAAGAAAGAAAAUGUUAAAUGUUGAGGAGGACAGUUAAGAUUAAUGGCGGGCAUGAAAAUAGUGUUUCGUGAUAUUUUUUUUCACGAAUUCAAAAUUUCAAAAUUAAAUUAUUACAAACAGUGUUAAAAUAUCUCAAUAAAAAAUAUUCAAUAAAAGUUAUUUUCCCUCAAUUUCUAAUGACGACUAUCUUCAUGGACUUUCGACACUGUCGACAGUGUGCUGGGUUCUCUUAGGUCGCCAUAUUUCUGUGUCGUGCCGUGUAAGUAAUAUCAUAUUGUAUUAAGUACGUUAACACUCUCAUGUGAAGAUUCUUUAAAUAUGUUAAAAGUGUUGUGAUAAGAUCUACUCUAUUUGGCAAGAGUUAAAAAUGAAAUUAAAAGAUAUGGUUCUGCUGUUUAUUUUCAUCAUGCUAGAGGAAAAAGAUCGUCACUGGUGUUUCAAAUUGAUAGAAAGUUGGAGUGCUGAUGUCCAUUUAUAACUAUGGCUUUGCUAUAUAAAUGUAUUGUUUUUUGUUAAUUUACAAGUCAUGUGUCCAUUUGGUAACGCAUCAGUGUUUAUCAAGGUUUAAUUAAAAAAAGACGUUUAUCAGAAGAAUAAUUAUGUCUACAAAAACGGAGUUUGUCGGUUGUCGACACAUCUUUUAUGGCGAGCAUCCUAAUAAGUAUACACUGCCUGGCGUUUCUUUUUUUGAUUCGUCUGCAUAUAAUCGGUGUGGAAAAACUUUAUAAGAGCGAAGGAAAAGAUCGAAGGGACGAACGAAAUUUCAUAGCACAAAUUAAUUUAUUCCCGUAUCGGGAAAAACGAGGGAGCAACGGCAGGGGCGCUGCGAGCACUGGAAGCGCGACACUUCCUACUUAAGGAAACAGCACAAUGGCUGAGGACCGAAAUAAUUCUCAAGGGUUGGUUGGGCAGGCGCACACGAUAGAACAUGGUUCGUCUCCACCUGCAGCGUCGACUGCACUUUCAACAGGACCAAAUGUCGGGAUCGUCGCCGGUGUUACAGCGGCAGCGAAAGAUAAUUCAUCGAUUCAAGAUAACUCGCCGCCAACUCGAGGUCCAAGAACAUUGUUAUUGCGGCGUGGAGAAAAUGGUUUUGGCUUUACUCUUCGUCAUUUUAUCGUUUAUCCGCCAGAAUCUUGUUGCAUGCUACCAGGUCAUGAACGAACGAAAAUAGAGGAGCCGAUGGAUACGAUAUUUGUGAAACAAGUACGCGAAAAUUCUCCAGCAGCCGAGGCAGGUUUACGUACGGGAGAUCGGGUCGUUUCUGUUGACGGAAGGCCGACACGCGGUGAACAAUAUGCGAAAGUAGUUCAACGUAUUCAACAGGCAGGGCCUUGGCUACGACUUCUCGUGGUUUCCAAGGAGGACGAUAUUUUGCAACGAUAUUUCGGCGAAACGGCUCAUAAUCCUGAGACGAAUCAACGGCCGCGGUUACGUUCUCCGGAAAGAAGUGGACAUAGGCAACGUAGAUCGGUCAGUAUGAUCCCUGGUUUGUCGCCAAGGACGAGGCAGUCUUGGGUUUGUUCAGCGCCAAGUUCGAUGCCCGCGCCGUUAUGUCAUCAGGAUCAAGAACUGGCCCGGCCAUUGAUGAUCGACGAUGGCGUUUCCAGCCGGGAUCAAGAUUUUUCCGAAGAAAUUCAACAAACGUCGGAAAGCAAUGAUAAAACGCAAUCAAUGGCCAAAAAUGUGAUUUAUCGUUCUAAACCUUCUCAAGAGAUAAUUAGUCGUUACGAGUCGGUGGAAGACAACAAAGUGAAAUUACGUAAUCAGCCGCAACAAUUAGGAAAAGAUACAUCGGAUUUAACCGUGAUGCAAUCGUAUGAUAGAUCGAUGCAAUCCGAUAUGAAAUAUAACGAUAAAUAUAACGAUCAUUUCGACAGAACGCGUUCCGAAUCUAUCUAUUCGAGAACAAAUAGCGAUCAGAUUUACGAUCGAAUCAAAGAUCCGAUAUACGAACCUGUUCGAUUCGGGGAAUCGUUAAGGACGAGUAUCGAUCAUCGUUCUCUUCAUCAUCAUCAUCAUCAUCAUCAUCAUCAGCAUCAUCUCUAUCAUCCUCACCCUCCCCCUCCUCCUCCUCCUCAUCAUCAUCAUUAUCAACAAGAAUCAUCGCAACAACAACAACAACAACAGAAGCAACAAGUACAACAACAAUCUCAUCAACAUUCGAGUUUGACACGAGUUCCUUUAUCCCGAGCGGAACCGCAAGUACCUAUUUAUCGGCCUGCCUCAAAAAGAAUCAGUUCGCGGCGUGCCAGUGAAGGUAGUGCUAGCGGCUCGAUGAUCAAUAAUUUUGAAACGGCAAGCUAUCCUAGCACGGAUGCACUUAGAUCCUGCGAGCCACGUUCUGCGAGAUUCGGUAUCGAUUCCAGGAGGGAUUCCUCUUCGAUCCACGUCAACGAUCCACCCUCUUCUUACGAAUCCAAUUCUACUCUAGUCGGGAACGAAGCGAAUGAAAGUAGGAACGAAAAUGGAAGAAACGGAAAUUUGAGUGGUCACAGAACGAAUAAUGGAACGGCGAGCUCAACUGGCGGAAUAAAUACGAAUAUCGAUGAUUCAAUUAUUAUGACAAGGCUUCGAAAAAGUUUCGAGCAGAAAGAAGAAUUCUUACGACGGCCAAGUCAACCGAUCGGCUGGUUUCUACCUGAAGAGAGAUCGGAAUCUCCUGUACGAAACAAUAACAACGGAACUGUUAUUCCAAGAGAAUUCUACGCGAGACCGCAAAAAUUUCAGAAGCAAGUUUGGCCACCGACCGAUUCGAAGCAAGACCAACAAUUGUCGAUAUUGAAAAGUGGUCAAAAUAGUAACAGAACUUUACCUGGAAAACUUGUCUCCGAUAAAUCCUCGUCUAAUCAGAACGUUCAAAGAAUGAAGAGCAGUGGCAACGAUGGGGCAGAAGAAAUUGAUUAUUUAUAUACUUCCCGAAAUGAGCAAAUCGAAGAAACUUGUAGCACAACUCAUCCUCUGGAGUAUAUACAUCAGCAAAUUGUAACACCUGUGUGUGAUCGUUUAAGUACUCCGUCCGUCAGCUGUGACGAUAAUCGAGAUUCUGUAAAAGAAUCUGAUAAACAUCAGCAACAGUUACAACGAAAUAUAGGCAAAUCGAGCAAUUUUGUCGGAACUUUGUCCAGAAUACACGAAAAUAUAGCGAGCGUGGGUGCUUUACUUUCCGGUGAACGACAAUCGAUAGAUGCGAGAAAUGGUGCUUCUUCUUUACCUUCGUCCCCUGGGCCUGAGAAAAAGAUGAAUGAUAAAUUCCCUGUACUUCCGCAAGGACUUCAAAUCGUAUCGAAACGAGCCAAACAAUUCGAAUCAGGACGACUUUUGAGCGACGACGAUGAACCGACUGGUGAUCGUACCAAUCUUUAUCGAAGUGAACUUUCAAGAUUGUCGAACAAACGUAGCGUACCAAAUGUUGCUGUUCGAAAAAGAGAAUUCGAAUCGAAAGCCGAAGCUCAAGAACCAAGGAGAUUACCACCUGUAUCAACAAGGGAAACUAAAUCUUUAGACAGUGGUAGCGGAUUAAAAGGAAACAGAGUAAUUCCCAUAGGCAGCAAACAGAUCCAUUGUGAACCGCCGAUCAACUAUAAUACUUUAGAAGAAACAUCGAAUCCAAGGAUAGAUGGGGAACACGUACAAUCAAGAAUUCGUAGUAAUAGCGCAGAAUCAUGGGAAUCGACGAGUGCAAAUAACAUGUUAGAAACUGCUAGGCAUCAUUGGUCACGAAGACAGGACGACAGUGAACGAAAGUGUAAUAUAAAUGGAAAUGAUGAUAGCGUUUAUGUGGAUACAACAACAAGAAGUAGCGACGAAAAUGCGAUAAUUGUCGAGAAAAAAGGAUCUAGAAGUCAACAACAAGAUAGUUACACUCAAAUCAUUAAAACUGAACAUGGUAUGUUACCAUCGGAUAAUGAUACGCACAAUAGCCAAGUUGUAUUCAGGCGACAAAAGAAUACGCAAAUCGCGGACGAAGAUCGUGCCACGAGAAGAGUGUCUUACUUAAAAGCAACUUGGGGUGAACGAAUCCAUGUUGACAGUGAUUUAGAAUUAAGCGAUUCCGAGCCUGUUAUUCAUACCUCUAGAAGCAUUCAUAAGAGAUGGCGACUACCGUUACUUCCAAACGAUAUAGCACCGCUUCGUCGCAUCUUCGAGGAAGUGACUCAAUCUGCAAGUUUAAACAAAAAUAUUAAUCGCGGCAAUACUGUUUGUACCACUCGGGAACCAACUGUCACCGAUAUCGUAAAAGAUGUUGGUCAAAUGGAACGAGAAGGACCUUUGCACGUAAAAUUUACCGUACUGGAUGGAAAGCGAUCUUCCGAUCGUUCAUGGAAACAGUUGUGGGGUAUUCUUCGUGGACCUAUUCUCUUCUUUUACAAGGAUCGUCAAAAUCAGAGUCCUUCGUUGGCCUGCGACGGUGAAAAUGUAGCUCAAAGCGUGGACGUAAGAUGUUCCCUUGUUGAUAUCGCAGAGGAUUAUACGAAACGUAAACACGUGUUACGAUUGGCCAAUCCAAACGCAGAAGUUUUACUACAGACCGAAGAUGCAGCAUCCAUGGCACUUUGGUUACGAGCGUUACACGAGCAUGCUGCCGCUGAAAAACCAUCUGAAAUUGCUCAAAAUAGCACUUUGAAGCAACAAGCUGUCCCACAAACACCAGGACCUACGAAUAGUUCUUCACCGUGUCAAAUGAAUUCUGUAGCGAUGACGGUAUCGGCUAGUGGUGGUAGCGCUGGUCAACGUUUAAGUCCUCUUCCAGGACACAAAGGUAUCAAGAAAUUAACUUCCUUUAGGAACAGAUCACCGACCGGACAAUCGCCGAUAAAUAAGACUCGAAAACCGAGUCAAACGAUCGAUAAUUUAGUUUCUCCAAAAACCAAGACAUGGAAAGGUAGAGUCGCAAAACAAUUACGAAAAAUGCACGGUCAAACAGCAUCUCCUUCAUCACCAACCACGCAACUACCACCGGAGGGUGCUACUUUUAAAGUACCACUCGAGCUCUGUCCACCGUCAUCUUUCUCGGAAUAUGUACCAUUGAUCGUCGAAAUGUGUACCAGUAUUGUCGAAGCGAGAGGUCUUGAAGUGGUUGGCAUUUACAGAGUACCCGGUAAUACCGCUGCUAUUUCACAUUUAACAGAUAGCGUGAACAAAGGUUUCGAAAAUAUUAAUCUGCAGGAUCCUAGAUGGAGCGACGUAAAUGUAAUAUCUUCUCUUCUUAAAUCCUUUUUUCGGCAACUGCCGGAUUCGUUGCUUACUGCGGAAUUGUAUCCCAUGUUUAUCGAUGCUGAUAAAGUCGAAGAUCCCCAGAGGAGAAUGACAACUAUAAGAAAGUUGCUCAGAGAUCUUCCAGAACAUCAUUUCGAAACUCUUAAAUAUUUAAUGUUUCAUUUGAAAAGAAUAGUUGAACAUAGUGAGGUUAAUAAAAUGGAAGCAAAGAAUUUAGCUAUUGUAUUCGGCCCUACUUUGGUUAGAGCAAGUGGUUCCCGGGACAAUAUGGUUACUAUGGUUACUGAUAUGUCGCAUCAAUGUCGGAUCGUCGAGAGUUUAUUAAACAAUGUUGAUUGGUUCUUUUCGGACGAUGAUUUGGAUGAUUUGAGUAGAUUGAGCGUUAAUCUUAGUCUUCCAGCAGACACUAGUGAGAUUGAGACCACAACUUCCAGUAAUAAUCAUAAUCUCUUGUUGAACAAUAUUCAAAAAGUCGAAGGAGUACGCGAAAUGGCAUCUGCCAAAGACAUCGUGUCAUCCAUCAUAUCCGCUGCUAAUCGAAAAAUACAAAGAAGAAGAAAAUGUCAAGAUGAGACGGAUAAUGAAACUCACGAAAUUGAUAAGCCAAGGAUGAAGCAAGAUACGGAAAAUCUACAAAAUCGACGAAGUAUGGCAUUGAACGAGAGGCAAUGUUCGGUCAGUGAAAUCGUUUUAAUGCACGAAAAUCAAAAUCAAUCGAAUCGUUCCAUCGAUCGUUCCACUGAUCGAUCCGAUGACCGAUCAUCGACGCUCGAUGGUAUUGCACAUGCUAGCACCGACGAUAUAAUAGCUGAUUGCGCCAUUACCAACCGUGAUAUGUUAAAUAAUCACGAUAAUGUCAUUCCUUCCGAAAAGUCAAAUAAGUAUUUAAAUCGUGCAAUAGAGUCGGUUCCAUCGAUGCAAUCACCGAUUCAUCGCUCGACCGUCUCGUCGACUUCGGAGUCGUCCCGACUCUCUAGCGAGACUGGCCUGAGCUGCUUCGACGCAAGUUCGACACUUUCUAGUGCCUCGAAUGAUACCAAGCAAAGCAACGACGAGAUCACGAUAAGAACAUACGCUGGUUUGAGCGCAACUACUCAAGAACGUAUACGAAGAUUCGAACAGGAAACAAAAGCAAUGUUGCAGAGAGAUCAAAAUCGACAGAGACGAGAAGCUGAAAGGAGAGAAGAAGAAAGGCGGAGAAUCGAGACGGAAUGGCAAUUGGCUAAAAGUGAAAUGGAAAACGAUGAUUUGCUCGAUAGUAUAGUUGACACUACUGUAACGACACCUACUACUUAUCUUUCAUCCGCGACAAGACUUUCCAAUUUUAACGAUAAAUCUUAUCUCGAUAUCGGCUCUCGAUCGACCGGUCGAGUGCCACAUCUUUCGAUAGCUGUACAACAACAACCUACAUCCGUUAGACGGGUAUCGCUACUCGCAAACGAAUCUACUACGAUUUUACCUCAAGAUAACAUUUCUGAUAGUACUAUAAAAAAAUUGAAAACAGACACCGAACAAAUAUUGGAAGGUUCAACGCUAUCGUCUAUUCGUUACGGUAGCUUAGACUCUCUGCACGAAACGCACGAAAUUUCUCAAUCGUCACUUUCGCCGACCAAUCAGCAACGGAAACCGCUUUCAAGCGAUGUCUCGGACGAUGCUGGAUCUUGUUUUCUACAAUGGACUCAGAAGAUUCUGACCAUUAACAAAAAGCUUUCUAGGCAAACGGCAAAUCCCGGUUUCUGGUGGUACAUAUCAUCUCACCUACACGGUACCGCAAGCCCCUCUGGCCCCGCCUCGAAGACAGCGGGCCCAUCGCCAAUGCCGAUGUCGAUGCCGAUGUCAAUACCACUGUCAAUGCCAAUAUCAAUGCCGAUGUCGAUACCAAUGCCAAUGUCGAUGCCAGGGCGAAUGCAAGUACCAGGGUCAGUGUCAGACGCAGACGACAUCGACGUCGUGCAACGAUCAUCGACACCCAUCGCAUCCUCUUCGAGAGUACCGGCCUCGGAGCCCUCCGAAUUCUCGGAGCCUAUCGAGCCCGUCGAGCAGUCACCACCGCGAGGGGUGUCUUCGGGCUCAGGGGCCGGAUUGUCUUCCAAGACUUUAAACAGAUUUCUUCGAGGUAGUGAUCUCUUGACCAGUUUGACAACUACGUUCGAUCGUAAAUGGAGAUCCCUGGUAAACUCGUCGAAUCAAACGAUUCGCGGAACCACGAUGGAAAAUUUGUCCCUGAGCGACGAGGAUGCUGUGAUAACACAGCGAGAUUCACAAAACUUGCGAAAUCAACGAGGAGGAGGAGGAGGAGGAGGAGGAGGAGAACUACGAGAAGAGAAAGAUCAGGAUAAAACGGCCAUCCCUCAAUCUUCUUUCUCGAUUGAAAGUUAUCGAGAUCCGAGUCUCCAUAAAAUGUGUAUUGAUAAGCAUCAAUAUGAUCGACAAAAAAAUGAUGCUCCAGAAAAGGAUACGGAUUCAUCGGUGACGGAGAAUAGUAGCGUCGAUCGAUUGGACGACGACGCCAUACCGGACAACGAUCGAAGCGCUAUCGCGCGAAAAAAGAUUGAAUCGAGCAGAACGGUUUAUGAAUCAUCUCCGGAUACGAAUGAAGCGCAAGAAUACCGUAGAAUUGAGAAAGAAGCGUCGGUAAAUUUAUCACAAAGCGACAAAGUAGCUGAUGAUGCGAAAGAUUUGAAUCGGCGCGAUGUCGAUUCAAAUUAUUCGAAUAAGCUUGAAAAAUUUGAAAGUUUAACAAAAUUUGAAGUGAGAUCACGAUUAAAAAGAUCGGAAUCUUUGAAUAAGAGAUCGGAAAAUACUUCGUCCAAGUUGAAAAGAUCCGAAAGUUUGAACAAACAUUCUGUCGAGAGGCUCUCAUCCCCGACCAAUGGCAAGUUGAAGCGAUCUGAAAGUUUGAACAAACAUUCGGAGAGAUCUGAUUCACCGAACAGUAAAUUAAAACGGUCAGAAUCGUUGACAAAAACUGAGAAAACUGAAUGUAAUAUUAGCAAGAGGCGACAAUCUGUUAGAAAAGAUAGCGCAACAAAAUUAAAGCGAAAAAAUGGUAUGCCUGAACGGUCGAUCAAACGUAGGCACACUGUAGGUGGUACGAAGGACUUUGAUAAAGUGCAUUGGUUGGAUAAUAAAUUACAAGUCGAGGCUGAGAGAGUGGUUAAAAAUGAAUAUAGACCGAAGAAAAGUCAACUCAGAACAAGUUCACCGGAUUUAAGUACCGGUCGUAUUGGCCUCACCGAUGCUAGUUUUCUUAUAGAAGUUAGCUUUCGCGGCCCAAGUAAUGUCGUUUUUAACGUGACUAAUGCUCGUCCACAAUCCUUACCGGAUACUAGUUUAGCUUCCAAAGUGUUUAAAGUACCUCUCGAGAGUCACGUAUAAUAUUAUGUAAAGUAUUGCAUUGAAAAGGAAACAAGGAAACAAAACUGCGAAGAUAGAGAAAAGAGAAAAAGAAAAUAUUAAUCAAUGAAUUUAAAUUCGUUAAAGCACCAACGUGUUUCUUUUUCACCAAGCAUUUAUAUAUCGCAGCGUGUCAAUUAUUUACGUAUCGUACUUGUAAAAAAACGUGAUCGUGUGCAAUUUUUUUGUAUAUAUAAUAUACGUAUAUAAAUUAUACAAAUUAUUGAAUGUUCUGCAAAUGCGAGUGCGUGUGCGUGUGUAUGUGGUGUGCGUGCGUGUAAAGUAUAUUUAUAUACGUACAUGCACAUACGUACACUCUUUAUAUCGCUACAACAACAACAACAAAAAAAAAAAGCGUUAUAACCCGUAGAUUUUGUAUUUCUUAAUAAUGCAAAAGUGUUUUUUCACGUAGUUUUAUAUAUUCAAUUAAAAAACAUAUCGGCUGUGUGAUGUCGAUCAAAUUGAUUGACAUUUAUCAUUUGUUUAUGCAUUUUUAAACAUAUUUGUAGAGUAGCAACGAUAUCCACGAUCUACGUUGCCUUCCCCCCCCCCCCCCAUUACGAAUAUUAUUCGUUCCUUCAAUUAUAUACACGAAUAUAAAAUAGACUGGAUUUAUCGAUACGUUCGAUAAUCGACGAACGAAUCAUUUAACAUCAUAUAAAUAUGAUGUUUCUUUUACUUGAACAAUUGUGAUUUCAUUCUUGAACACGAUUAAUCUAUAAGAAAUCAUGGAAUCACGUAAGGCAGCUUACGAGCCUGACAAUCUUAGACUUGUAAGAUUUUCUUAAACUUGUAAAUACAUAUUUAGUAUGUAUGCAAAUGAAUGAAACUUUAAGCGAUAUUUAUUUUAAAUCCGUAACAAUCGUGAUACUAUUAUUUAUUGAAUAUUUGAAAGAGAUACCUGAAAUUUGAAGAACUAAAUAUG